GUAGCUACAGCUGGGGUCGGCGUGGCUGGUAGAGGUUCACUGGGUGACAGUGUGGGGGCUGAGUGAGAGCGAAGCAAGGAGCGUGUGAAGGACGGCUGUUCAACUACCUCAUCACCAUGCAGCUGAGUGUGACGGUCGUACUGCUGGCAGCGCUGGCCGCUAAUGUACACGGUGACCUGAUCGAGCACUUUGAGUCCGGCAUGGGUGACUACUGGGUCUCCUGGAGCGAUGACAACGGCGGACACUGGGUGUGGAAGAACACCUCGCUGAUGGAGGUGCCGCAGCGGCCGGCCGGCAGCGAGGGCGUCACCAUGCUCAUCCCCGACGAGGGACGCGUCUCCGCAGCAGGACAUCUCUACAGCCCGCUCUUCGCCUUCCCGGCAGGAGCGAAAAUCUCGUUCAGCUACUGGAUCCGCUCGCAGUGGGUCGGCUCGGCCAACCUGAUCCUGAAGCUGGUGGAAAACGGCCAGGAGGACCUGCCGUUCCUAGACCUCUCCAGUUUCGCGGCGCCCGACAACGACCAGUGGCGCCAGGCGGAGGCCGAGGUGCCCAGCUCGCGCUUCGAGCAGACCAGGAUAUGCGUGUUCGGCUACCGUGCUAACCACGAUCUGGACGCCAUUGCCGUGGACGACAUCGUCCUGACGGGCGUGGACGGUUCCCAGGUGCGCCUGCCGCUUUCACCGAACAUGGAGUAAAGGGGUGGACGAGUCCACGCACCGGGGUAUCGACGGGAGAACGUCCAGCAAGGGAGUUCCGACUCAACGCACACUCAAGGAGCUCCAAAGCCAGAACCGACUGAGAAAGUUCGAAGGCAAGCAAGCGGGGAGAUUUGGAGCGCUCUCGGCAAAGAGCUUCAACUGCGCACAGGAUGUAGCUCGGUGCACUGGCUUGCUGUCUGCUAAGACCAGGGUCAAGCAGUUCUGUUCUGGAUUCGCAAUGUUCACAUGUUCACAACUAAUAGUGUACUUAUCCCAAAGUGAUGUAGUUACCUCUCAGUCUUCCCGUCACAUACACCUCAGUUGUUCGUUUUUUUUUGUUCAAUAUAUCCCCGGUACUGUCACGAAAUAACGUUUCCAAUAUGACUGGCAAAUAUUGUCGAGGAUUUCUAUUAGUGUCCGGUUCAGUAAUCACUCCUGCCGUGGCGCGUGUCAAUAACAUGCGACUCGGGACCUACGAGAACAAAGUCAACCGUACGGCGCGGAUCAAUAGAUUGUGCGUCGUCACAUCACGAGAAAUUAUCGAAUCAAAUAAGCGGAAAGCGGAAGCAAA